AUGAUGGCUGCUGCUACGCAACCCGCGGCUGCGACGAUCCCGCGCAAGAAACUGACUAGCUAUGUCGGCUUUGCGAACCUGCCGAAUCAGGUGCACCGUAGCACUGUCCGCAAGGGCUUCACCUUCACCGUGAUGGUGGUCGGCGAGACGGGCCUCGGCAAGUCGACCCUGAUCAACACGCUCUUUAACACGAAUCUCGUGCCGAGUGGUGAGGAGCGUCUCGCCAGCCGCGAGCCUGCGCAGACUGUUGGAAUUGACACGAUCAGUGCUGACAUUGAGGAGAACGAAGUUCGCCUGCGCCUCAACAUCAUCGACACCCCCGGCUUUGGCGACUUUGUCAACAACGAGAAUGCUUGGGAGCCGAUUGUCCAGACCAUCGAGGCGCGCUUCGACUCGUACCUCGAGCAGGAGAACAGGGUGAACCGCAGCAAGAUUAUCGACAACCGCGUGCACGCGCUCCUCUACUUUAUCCAGCCGACCGGCCACGCGCUGCGCGCAAUCGACCUCGAGUUCCUCUCGCGCCUGCACCAGCGUGUCAACGUGGUCCCGGUGAUCGCCAAGUCGGACACGAUGGACCCCAGCGAGGUGCAGAGGUUCAAGCAGCGGAUACUCCGCGACCUCGAGUUCCACAACAUCAAGACGGUGCAGCUUCCGAUCGGCCCUUACGACGACGAGGAGUCCAUUGCCGAGAUCGAAGAGAUUCAGAGCAAGAUUCCGUUUGCGAUUGUCGGCUCGAACGACCUCGUCAAGACGCCGGACGGUCGCACGGUGCGUGGCCGCGCCUACCCGUGGGGCGUGAUCGAGGUGGACAAUGAGCAUCACUCGGACUUUGUCAAGCUGCGCCAGAUGCUCAUCCGCACCAACAUGGAAGACCUGCGCGAGCUCACCGACAAGGUGUACGAGGGCUACCGCACCCAAAAGCUCUUGUCGCUCGGCGUGAGCCAGGACGACUCCGUCUUCCAGCAGGUGAACCCCGGCGCAGCACAGGCCGAGGCCCGUGCCCUGCACGAGUCCAAGCUCGCCAAGAUGGAGAACGAGAUGAAGCUCGUCUUCCAGCGCAAGGUCGCCGAGAAGGAGGCGAAGCUCAAGCAGAGCGAAGAGGAGCUCUACGCGCGGCACCGCGAGAUGCGCAACGCCCUCGACCAGCAGCGCCAGGAGCUCGAGGAGCGCAAGCGGCGAAUCCAAAACAGCCUGCGCUAA